AUGAGAACCUUAUUGGCUCCUUUUAGAUACCCUAACAUUAUAUAUCUACAACCAGUUGGACGCUCAGGUGGAUUAGUACUCAUGUGGAAAAAUGGAUUUGUCUGUGAUAUAGUUGGUUCUGAUGAUAACAUGUUUCGUGCAAUUGUUCAAAGUAACCCAAAUGAACAGGAAUGGCUUUUCUCUUGUAUGUAUGGAUAUUGUGAUUAUAGUAAAAAGAAGAAUCAAUGGGAAUUCAUCAAAGAUAUUGGUUCUAACAUCAAUCAAUCUUGGGUGUUACUGGGAGAUCUUAACUUUCAUCUUCAAGAUAAUACUUCUCAUGAUUCUUCUUCUUCAUAUGGUUUAGUAAAUUCUAUACUUCAUGAAAUUGGCUUAGAAGAUCUGGGUUUUAUUGGCAGAGAUCAUACUUGGACAAAUAAUAAUCUUGGUACAGGUAAUAGAAGGUCCAGAAUUGAUAUGGCCCUUGUCAAUGCUGAUUGGAAUUCUCAGUUUCAAGACUCAAAUCUUCUCCAUCUAACACAACAUUGGAGUGAUCAUUGCCCAAUAAUGUUAGUCACAGAUUACUCCUUUCCAAAUCUGUGGAAGCCAUUUAAAUUCUUUUUCACAUGGUUAAAUGACUCAAGUUGCUCUACUGAGAUAUCAAAAUCUUGGGAGAAAGAAGUUCAUGGCUCACCAGGUCAUAAAUUCAUUAAGAGAUUACAAUUCACUAGAGCUGCACUCUCCAAAUGGAAUAAACAACACUUUGGAAACAUUAACCACAAUGUGGAUAAUCUGCAACAAGAACUAGAUGAAAUUCAGAAGCUGCCUUUUUCCAGAGAAAACACUAUCAAAGCUGAAGAUGUAAGUAAAGAGUUAAACAAAUGGCAUCAGAUACAAAACAUUAGUACCUCUACUUCACCCGUUAUUGAAGAGAAACAUUACUCUAUACUGCCUAAUGUCAUUUCAGAUGAAGAUAAUAGAAGAUUACUAUUUAUUCCAACUGAUGAAGAAGUUUUAAAAACUCUUAAAAGUAUAGAGAACUGGUCUGUACCUGGCCCUGAAGGUUUCCAAGAUGGUUUCUACAAAUCUCAAUGGAAUACAAUUGGACCAGAUUUGUGUGAAAUGGUAAAAAGGUUCUUCACCACUAAACACUUAUCAAAGCAUCUUAACAAGACUUUCAUUUCAUUAAUUCCCAAGAAGAGUAAAACAAAAUCUCCUUUAGAAUUCAGACUAAUUGGUUUAUGUAACACUUCAUACAAGAUCAUUUCCAAGAUUUUAGUUAAUAGGAUGAAGCCAUUUAUGGACUCAAUCAUUUCUCCUUACCAAGCUGCAUAUGUUUCUGGUAGAUUGAUAAAUGAUAACACCAUCAUUUCCCAUGAACUAAUUCGUUCAAUGAAGAGGAAAAAAGGUGAAAGUGGAUGGUUAGGCUCUCAAGAUUGA